GGUUGGCUGCAUCCAGGUGUAUCGAUACGUCAAGUCCAGCGGAGGAAGGGCUAUGGAGCUAAAACAUACGUAGGUGUGUCCUAAACAGAUAUAAUUUAGGGCUAACCAGUUUGAUCCAAGGGCUUAGUCUUGUUAGUCUUUAGUCUUGAGACGGACCUUGACAUCAAAUGCUUUGAUGUCCCAGUCCUCAUGGCUCGACUCAGGCUACAAAUGAGCUUUCUGGUCCUGCUCCUGCUGCACAUGAUGUUGAGUGCAAAAGGACAGGAAAUGGAGGCAAAGUCUCGGAAGAAGAGAGAGUGGAUUCUUCCUCCUGCCAAGUUGAUGGAAAACACUGACUACACCCACAAGGAAUUCAUUGCCAAGACUCGCUCAGAUAACGACGAAAAGGGCAAAGUGGAUUAUUACCUCUCUGGACCAGGAGCUAACAAACCACCAAUUAACCUGUUUUUGGUCGACCAUGAUACGGGUUUUGUAACUAUCACCGACAUUCUGGAUCGUGAGAAAUACCUAUCCUAUAAUGUAAGCAGUUCUACAUGUAGUAUUGUAGUAUUGUUUUACUUGUAAGCAAUUCUACUCAACAAGCUUC